CUGCCUGAGCAUGAAGUUCAAGUAGGCUGCUUCCAGGUCCAGUUUCGGGGUCCGGGAGGAGGCAGCGCGCGGGAUGGAGACCUCCCCGUCCCGCCGGGGUCGUGGCGGCGGCGGCUGCUCUUGAAUCUUUGGGAUUCCGCGCCGCAUCCCCCGCUGGCCGCAGACGAACAGGGAUGGGCUGCAAAGGGAGCAAAAUGGGCUGCUGCGAAGCCAGGCGAAAGAAAAAAGCCAGAACGCAGCAUGAGAGGGGCCAAACUUCCUGCGAACUGAUAGCACUGAAGAAAGAAAAUGAAGCCAACAAAGACCAUUUACAAGUGGAAGCCAGAAAAUCUGACACGGGGCUGCUGGAGAAGCAGAGAAAUGAGGCUGCAAAACUCCAACAUCAACACCAGAAGGAAAAAGAGUGUCUGAAGGAAGCUCACCUUGCUGAGAUUGAGAAACUUAGCCAAGACAUUAAAAUCCAGGUAGAAAAUGAGAAAGAUUUACAAUGUAAGCAGCAACUGUCUGAGCAGUAUGAUCUACUGAAAAGAGAACAGGAGAUGAGACUCCAAGAGCUCCAGAAAGCAUGUGAUCAAGAGAAACUGCUUCUGACCGAAUCUUACGAGAAAUCCAAGUCAUCUUUACAGGAGACCAUAGACAGUCUGAGUUCCCAGAUGAAGUCCUUCCAAGAGAAAAUGAAACGGGUGGAAGAGUCAAUCCUGAGCAGAGAUUAUAAGAAGCACAUCCAGGAUUAUGGGAGCCCCAGCCAAUUCUGGGAACAGGAACUAGAAAGUCUACAUUUUGUCAUCGAAAUGAAGAAUGAACGCAUCCAUCAUUUGGACAAAAAGCUGCUGAACCUGGAAACAGUGAUGGAGAGAAACUUGUUACUUGAAGAGAAAGUGAAACUCCUUCAACAGGAGAAUGAAGACCUCCAAGUACGGAUGCAAAACCACAUAGCAGUGACAAGGCAACUCUCUGAAGAGCUCCUCGGUGCUCGUGAGGCCCUGGAGAAGGAGUCACAGCUGAGAGAACAAGCUCACCGGGAGAAAGAAGAGCUGCUGUAUCGAGUGCUCAAUGGUGAUCCUGCUCACCUCUUUCCUAUCUCCACGGAAGCAACACUCAUUGCAACGUAGCACUUUGGAAGGCUGAUAAGAACAAAAAAAAAGAGGAUAGCAGGGGGACUGUUCUGUCAUUCCAUUCUAGUCCUUCUCUUGUCAGCUAGAUUUAAAGCUCAGUGCUGUGGGAGGUUUCUGAGGUACUGUGUGCUUUGAUUCUCUCCUGUAGAAGGCCUCGUAUGUCUGGCUCUUAAAACAGGCCCAGCAGUUGUGUCUCAGGAAUGGAGUUGCUGUCCCUGCUCCCCACACAAAGGUCAGCUUUGAUGCUAGCCAGGAGACACUGUUAACCUGGCUUCCAUUUCACUGUAGGCAAAUAGGCAUGGGCCAGGCUGGCUAGGGAAACAAGAAAAAUAACUGCCUCAGACAUUAGACUUAUAUGAGGUAAGGUGGUGUCACCAUUACUCUUGGUUCACUAUUUCAGUUAGCAUUAGCUGUAGGUGGGCGAAAACCACACAACAAAAAUGAGAGAGGAGAUACUGAAUAAAUGUGCUGGCCCAGUUCCCCACAUGUUGUCAUCUGGGCUGGGGACAGGUGCCCCUCUGAA